ACAAGAUAUGUGCUCAUUUCUCUAACUCCCUCUCUCUCUCUCUCUCUCUCUCUCUCUAAGAAGAGAUCCUCUCUUCUCAAAUUUCACGAGUUCUCUCACUCUCAACAAAGUCUUCUCUAUCUCUCUGUCUCUGUCAAUUUGUGUCUUGCAUUCGUUCCUGCAUCGUGGAGGGACAUUAUAUAUAGGUUUUAAAGCAGUUCAGGAUCAAAAACUGCUCAUAGAGGUCAAUUUCUUUCUAGUUUUAUUACUUUCUUCUUUUUCCUUGUUGAUUAGCGUUAUAUUGUACUUUUUACUGGAAGAUUUCUCUUUUUCUUUUUCUUUUUCUUUUUUUUUUCUGUUUGGUUUAGAAUUUAGAAGUUCUAAUUAGAUCAUAAUUUUUAUGGCUUUAAUUUAGAUAUAUCAUUUUUUUAGUGGGUUCCCCUUCCUUCUUAGUUCUUACGGGAACAAUGCUCAAUAAGACAUGUAAAAGUGCACUCUAUAAAUUCUUGUGCAGUUUCAUGAAUUGCUUGAAUGUGUGAAAAUUCUUGUACUGUUUUCAUGGAGAACAUUUGCAGUAAGUAUUUUGCUUGGUUGUUUGUAUCAAGCCUAAUAACAAAGUGAAGUUUUUUUUUCGUAUUUGGCAUGUAAGGUUUUUUAAUUAAUAAGUUUUGCUGAUAAAAUUUUUAUUUAGUGAUGGGAUUUUAAAGGACCUAUAAGCGGAGUUUUUGUCUUGUUGAUUGGUUUUGUAGCCUUUAUCAUGUCAAAAAUCUUAAUCUAACAUUUGUGGGUCUAUACUUGCAGUUAGCUUCUUGUUUUAUAGUGUAUGAUAUCAAUGGGAAUCAAGUGGAAUCUAUUGUUCCCAAAUUCUGCAUGUGGAUUCUUAAUGAGAGCCAUUGCUUAUGGGUUUUGAAUCUAUUAAUUAUACUCUGGCCACUGUAUGUGUACUUACAGCUGCUGGUAGUUUUGGUAGCUUUGAUAAUUCUGUUUCAUAAUAAGUUGCUUUUUUUUUUUUUUUUCUCACUUUAUCCCUCAUUCAUUUCUCAAACAGCUUGAAGUCUUGGUCAAAGCUGUAGCUUGGAAGGAAAUGACUAAAUUAUUGGGGAAAUGAUUGAAUGACUGCAGGAUGGAGAUUCAUUAUGCGGAGAGGAUGACAAUUUUGACUGGGACAGCGAAGAUGAGCGAGAAAUUGAAAAUUGCAGAUUGUCUGCUUCAUCUAGUCUCACACUUCCUACUGCAGAAGCUACAGCAAACACAGCAGUGGUAGUGAUUUAUAAUUUGCUAUUUGCCAAAUUCUUUUCUACUUUUGGGUCAAAGCCUACAACUGGUGGUCAUUUGUGCGGGACGUGUUGUGUGGAAAAUGUUGAAGGCAAGCUCAUCAGUAGGUUCUUCUGGUUCCAAGCUGAUAGAUCAUUUUGUAGGGAUGGGAUUUCCUCAAAAAAUGGUUGCUGAAGCAAUUCAGGAAAAUGGAGAGGAAAACACUGAUUUGAUACUUGAGACUCUUCUUAAAUGCUCGGCAAGAUCAUCUGCUGGCUCUUCUGGCUCCAAGUUGAUUGAUCACUUUAUUGGGAUGGGAUUUGAUGCAGAAAUGGUUGCCAAAGCAAUUCAGGAGAAUGGAGAGGGAAAUACAGAUACAAUUUUGGAAACUCUCCUCACAUACUCAGCGAUUAAAAAGUCUCCUGAAGAACAACCACAUGUGGACUCUGAUCACUGGUCUUCAGAAUAUGAUGGAGACUUGCUGGAUGAUUUUUCAGACAUAGAUAGCUUUGAAAAUGAGGAAAUUGCAAAAUCUGAGCCUGAUGAAGGGAACACUUUGCUGUUCUUAGCAAGGAUGGGCUACACAGUAGAAGAGGCUUCAAUAGCUGUGGAAAGAUGUGGGCCAGAUGCCACAAUUGCAGAGCUAACAGAUUUCAUCUGUGCUGCUCAAAUGGCAAAGGCAGCUGAUGCGUCCUUUCCGGAAGAGAAGCCAAAGCUCAAGCAUUUUGAUGAUGAUUAUCCUAAACACAAGAAGAGGAGUUAUUAUGAAUAUGAUUUGUGGAAAAGGAAACAGCGGAUGAAAUUGGAGAAGAGGAUGCUGCAUGGAGAUGAUGAGUUGCUUCGACUCCCAAAUCCGAUGAUUGGAUUUGGGGUCCCCACUGAGCUAGCUGUUGUAACUCAUAGAACACUACCAGAAGCUGCUAUUGAACCUCCCUAUUUUUACUAUGAGAAUGUAGCACUUGCUCCUAAAGGGGUUUGGAGUACUAUUUCACGGUUCUUAUAUGAUGUGGAGCCAGAAUUUGUUGAUUCAAAAUAUUUCUGUGCUGCUGCAAGGAAAAGGGGUUAUGUUCACAAUCUUCCUGUCCAAAACAGAUUUCCCCUUCUUCCACUUCCUCCACGCACCAUACAUGAAGCACUGCCUUUGACAAAGAAAUGGUGGCCUUCAUGGGACACAAGGACACAACUAAAUUGCUUGCAGACUUGUGUUGGGAGUGCAAAACUGACAGAUAGGAUCCGCAAAGCCAUUGAGGACUAUGAAGGAGAUCCACCUUUAUCCAUCCAGAAGUAUGUUCUUGAUGAAUGCCGUAAAUGGAAUCUAGUCUGGGUUGGCAGGAAUAAAGUUGCUCCACUUGAACCAGAUGAAGUAGAAAUGCUUUUGGGUUUCCCGAGGAACCACACAAGGGGAGGUGGAAUAAGUAGGACUGAUAGAUAUAAAUCACUUGGUAACUCAUUCCAGGUUGAUACUGUUGCCUACCAUCUGUCAGUUUUGAAAGACUUGUUCCCUGGGGGAAUCAAUCUUCUUUCUCUUUUCUCUGGGAUUGGUGGUGCAGAAGUUGCACUUCAUCGGCUGGGUAUUCGAUUGAAGAACGUUGUUUCUGUUGAGAUCUCAGAAGUAAACAGAAAUAUUAUUAGGUGCUGGUGGGAGCAAACCAACCAGACAGGGAACUUGAUUGACAUUGUGGAUGUGCAACAACUGAAUGCUGACAGGUUAGAGCAGUUGAUGAACUCAUUUGGUGGAUUUGAUCUUGUUGUCGGUGGGAGUCCAUGCAAUAAUCUUACAGGUAGCAACCGACACCACCGGAGUGGGCUGGAGGGUAAAGAAUCCUCUCUUUUCUUUGAUUUCUGUCGCAUUCUAGACUUGGUCAAGUGUAUAAUGACUAGAAAUUGAUGAAUUCAUGUAACCAAUUUUUUGGAACAUGUACUGAAUUGAGAUUUCUCACUUGAAUUUCUAUUUUUUUCCCCAAAGUUAAAUAUUGAUACAAUUGUUAGCAA